GCUGACCUGUUGUGCCGUCUAUACAACGGUGUUGACUACCCAAAUCCCCGUUUUACCCUUGGAAGGAGACCCUUAUGUUCAAUGACAAAGAAGAAUCUAUCUCCAACCAAAAACUAACCAACCAUUGCUGUAAGCAAGAAGCUCUUCCCGAAAUUGGCAAAUGACUUCCACACCAGUAUUAGUUUAUUUUCUUAUACAUUUAUAUGUUUGCUUGAAUCACCUAGCCAUGGCUGUAGAUGAAAACCAGUUCGCGUACAAUGGCUUCAAAAGAGCCAAUAUUCACCUUGAUGGGAUUGCAAAAAUCCAUUCCAAUGGUCUUUUGCAGCUAACCAAUUUUUCUAAGAAUCAAAUCGGUCGUGCUUUCUACCAGCAUCCUAUAGGAUUCGAUACAUCUUCGUCCACGUUACCGAAAGCUUUUUCAUUUUCCACCCAUUUUGUGUUUGCCAUUGUUCCUGAGAUAACAAAACUGAGAGCUCAUGGAAUAGCCUUCACCAUCUCACCAUCUAUGGAUUUCAACCAAGCCUUAGGAAGACAAUAUUUUGGGCUCCUCAAUGUUUCUAGCAAUGGGCUCCCUUCCAACCAUCUAUUGGCAAUUGAGUUCGAUUCCAUUUUAAAUCCUGAAUUCAAUGAUACAAAUGAUAACCAUGUUGGAAUUGAUGUUAACAGCAUAGCAUCAAAUGUAUCUGCUACCGUCACAUAUUACUCCAACAGGGAACAGAUAAACUGGAGCAUGGAACUUGUAAGCGGGAGUCCAAUGCAAGGUUGGGUUGAGUAUGAUGGGUUUAGGAAUGUACUCAAUGUAACACUAGCUCCUAUUACAAGCCCCAAACCAGAUCAGUCUCUCCUGUCAACACAUAUCAAUCUUUCUUCAAUUCUGUUGGAUUCAAUGUAUGUUGGUUUCUCUGCUGCUACGGGAGGAGUUACAGGGAACCACUAUAUUCUUGGUUGGAGCUUCAAUAAAAGUGGGAAAGCACAUGGCCUAGAAAUUUCAGAGCUUCCUUCACUUCCUCAUCUAAGAAAAGCCGGUCUAGGAAUUACAGGUUUAGGAAUUACAGUUUCGGUGAGAAUAGUAGCCAUUGGGCUGACUAUCACAAUUGCAGGGACACUUUAUAUGUUGAGGAGGAAAAAGUAUGAAGAAAUACGUGAAGAUUGGGAAAGGGAAUAUGGCCCUCAUAGGUUUUCCUAUAAGGAUCUCUUCAAAGCUACCAGAGGUUUCAUAGACGAAGAACUUCUUGGAGCAGGAGGUUUCGGAAAGGUUUAUAGAGGAGUACUUCCCUCUUUGAAGGAACAAGUUGCAGUCAAGAAGGUCUCGCAUGAUUCCAAACAAGGGAUGAAGGAAUUUGUGGCUGAAAUUGCUAGCAUGGGAAGGCUAAGGCACAGGAACUUAGUGCAGCUACUUGGCUAUAGCCGGCGGAAGGGAGAGCUUCUCUUGGUCUAUGAUUAUAUGCCUAAUGGAAGCCUUGACAAGUUCCUAUUUAGCAAUGAAAAGCCAAGCCUAGACUGGGCACAACAUUAUCGUAUCAUCAGAGGCGUAGCAUCCGCCCUUUUGUAUCUGCAUGAAGAAUGGGACCAAGUUGUUCUUCACAGAGACGCGAAGGCUAGUAAUGUUCUAUUGGACGCUGAUCUAAAUGGAAGGCUAGGGGAUUUCGGUCUUGCUCGAUUAUACGAUCAUGGAGCAAACCUCAAAACUACCCAUGUGGUGGGGACAAUUGGGUACCUUGCACCUGAGCUUUCUAGAACCGGAAAGGCAACCACAAGCAGUGAUGUAUUUGCUUUCGGUGCAUUCAUACUCGAAGUAGGUUGCGGAAGGAGACCUAUACAGCCACAACAGUCACCUGAUGAGGUGGUUUUGGUUGAUUGGGUUUUCGAGAAAUGGAAAGAGGGAGCGAUUCUCAAGACGAGUGAUCCUAGAUUGGGAGGAGAUUAUUUGGGGGAGGAAAUGGAGUUGGUUUUGAAAGUAGGCCUGCUUUGCUCAAAGUUCGAUGCAGCGACAAGACCGAGCAUGCGGCAAGUGAUGCAAUACCUUGAUGGAGAUGUCCUGUUGCCGGAGAUAAUUCCUGACCGCACGAGUACUGGUACAAUAGGUCUUUGUAAUGAAGCAUCAUCAGAAUUUGUCAUGUCAUUUCCGUCAUCAUCCAUAGUGAAGUCUUCUACUCCCUCCAUAUCUAGCACAGAGUCAAUACUCAUUUGCGGUCGGUGAAUUUGAAAGUUUCUAGUGCCUUGGAUAAUGUUAGAUCAUGGUUUUUUUUUUUUUUUUUUAUGGAGGAAAGGCAAGAAAUGUUAGUUUGUUUGUGGGAGUUAGAGGAGUUGAACCUAAAACUAGAUGAAUUUGGAACAAGCAUGCAACCACUUUGGCUAACUCGUGAGUUCAUUAGUUUGAAUGAGACAUAAGUACUUCAAAUUUCGGUUAGGAAGAUAGUGCAAUACUACUGAUAUUUGUAUAUACAGACGAAUAUGAAAGUUAAAUUCUGCAGCUUCUAUACCUUUAUUUGAUUUUCAUGUAUUUUGCUAUAUAAUAUUUUGAUAUACUUGUGUACAUGUCUUGACUUUGUUGCUCAAGUGUGCUCAUGUAGAUAGAUUUAUUGCCUUGGCUAUUAGAAGAUCCUGAAGGAUCACGUUCCUAUCCUAUCAUUGUACUAUAGAUUGGAUUAUAGAGUUGAUUAGAAAUAAGUGAUUGAUAUUGCACUUAUAAAAAAAAUUAUUCAUAAAAAAAGAUUGAUAAUCUGCAAUUUACAUGGUAUCAGAGCCCAUUGUUUUGUUUGGUGGCUUCCUCUCCUGAUUGUCUCUUGUUCUAGUGCAAGCCAAUCUCAGUUAGUUGAUUGGUUCUGAAUCACUUCUGAGUUCUACUUUGUUUUUCCUUGAUAAGCCCUCUUUGAGGUGUCUAGACCCGGUAAUCAGUAUAACUCUUGCAUCCUUGCUCUAACAUCUGUUUUCAUUAGUCUUUUCCUACGAAUAUGGCCUCAUCCGAUAUUAUUUAAAACAUCUCCGUCAAAUUCGUUGGUCUCAAUUACAGCCAUUGGUCUCAUCUCAUGCGUCGUUUUCUAAAAGGAAAUGGCAUGUUGAUGUAUGUCACUGGUAAGAAAACGAAUCGCCUAAAAUCGAAUAAUCAAAGGGAUGAUGGCUUUGAAAAGUGGAUGAAUGCGAUAUGGAUAACAGUAGAAUCAUUACCUGGAUUGCAAUCUCUGUUAGUGUCUCUAUUAGAAUGCAACUAGGUAAAAUUGAGACUGCAAAACAAGUUUGGGAUUUAGCGUUAUGUUCAAACUUACUUUGCAAGAAAAUACAAGCUUGAGAUGGAUAUUUGAGAUCUUAAACAAAAGAAAGGACAAGCUGUCUAUGAUUUUUUACUCUGAGAUGUCCGUUAUCUUUAUUCUACUACCCAAAAGCUUGAUGGUCUGGGCUUGGGUUUGCUUCCAACUCAGUGUGUGACUGCUAAUGUGAAACUGCUGACACAGACGCCACGGACUUCGGUUUGUGUAUCUUGAUCCAUUUACAGUUUAUUUUUGUUCAAUUUAGUUUAUGUAACUUAAUUGAUUUUGUAGUAGUUUAAUUUUCCCAGCGUUUCAAUCUCUUCUGCAAUGAAAAGCCUUGACAAGUUCCUAUUUAGCAAUGAAAGCCAAUCCUCAACUGGGCACGAUGUCAUAGUAUCAUCAGAGGAGUAGCAUCCGCUCUUCUGUAUCUGCACAAAGAAUGGGAGCAAGUUGUUCUUCACAGAGACGUGAAGGCUAGUAAUGUUCUAUUGUAUGCUGAUCUAAACGGAAGGCUAGGGGAUUUCGGUCUUGCUAGAUUAUACCAUCAUGGAGCAUAACCAGAAACACAACAAAAUCACUAGACAUGCUUCUACCAAGUAGGAAAAUAUGGACAAUAAAGUUCCUGCCGGGUGAAAUUAAUAUGAAUGAAA